AGAAAAGAAGAUCAAUUUUUUCUCAAACUUUCUGCCUCCCUUUCUCCAUUGGCCGGACCCCCUUUUAUACUAGAAAGAAAAAGAAACCCAAACCCUUCACACUAAUCUCAAAUCCUAAUCUCAAAUUAUAGAUAAAAUCUAAUCCUAUUCGGAAUUGAAAUCCAAUAACCCAACUAGGAAUCUGUAUAACUUCUUCUUUUAAGGUCAAAUUCAUACCUUCGUGUAUUAGAGUUCUAUUCCAAAUCGAAUUCAGACUCUUCUUCCUUGCAAUGGGCCCUAUCUAAUUCCCUCGAUUGGCUGACCUUGGCUUCGAAAAUCUCUGCAUUUGAUGUCGUGAUUCAACCAAACUCAAGUGGAAUUUGAGAUAAAAUCAAGAGGGAAUCGAGAGAAGAGGCAGAAACAUUUGUCUGCAGAUGAUACAAUUGAAGAGUUCCUUCAAAAGCAGAACAACUUCAUGUCUAUUAAGUACUCAUAUUCUGAGAUAAAAAAAAUGACUAAAGGUUUCAAGGACAAAUUAGGUGAAGGAGGUUAUGGUUUGGUUUUUAAAGGAAAGCUUCAAAGUGGCGAUUUAGUGGCAGUAAAAUUAUUGAGCAAAUCAAAAGCUAAUGGCCAAGAUUUCAUCAAUGAAGUUGCUACCAUUGGAAGGGUUCAUCAUGUUAAUGUUGUGCGACUAAUUGGAUUUUGCGUGGAGGGAUCUAAACGAGCUCUUGUAUAUGAUUUCAUGCCAAAUGGAUCCUUGGAUAAAAUCAUAUUUUCUAGUGAAAACAACACAUCCUUAACCUAUCAAAAAAUGUUUGAAAUUGCUCUUGGAGUGGCUAGGGGGAUUGGAUACUUACAUCAAGGAUGCGAAAUGCAAAUUCUACAUUUUGAUAUCAAGCCACACAACAUCCUUUUGGAUGAGAACUUUAAUCCAAAAGUUUCAGAUUUUGGCCUUGCAAAAUUGUACCCGACAGACGAUAGCAUUGUAUCUCUUACUGCAGCAAGAGGUACUUUAGGAUACAUGGCUCCAGAAUUAUUCUACAAGAAUAUUGGAGGGGUCUCGUACAAAGCUGAUGUCUAUAGCUUUGGAAUGUUAUUGAUGGAAAUGGUGGGAAGGAGAAGGAAUUUAAAUGCAUUUGCUGAUCAUACAAGUCAGAUAUUCUUCCCAAAAUGGAUUUAUGAACGUUUUGAUCAGGGAGAGGAUAUAGAGUUGGGAGAUGUUACUAAUGUUGAAAAGAAUGUUCUGAUGAAGAUGGCCAUAGUUGCCUUGUGGUGCAUACAAAUGAAACCUGCCAUUCGUCCUUCUAUGACGAAAGUCUUGGAGAUGCUUGAAAGUGAAAUUGAGCUCCUUGAAAUGCCUCCCAAGCCUACUUUUGUUCCUUCUGAAUCGCCAGCUCCAAAUCAUGGCAGUAUAAGUCUAGCAACUGCACUAACCAUGUCGCUUGAUGCUAGAUCAUAAUGUUCUACUCCAAAUGCAUUUCUAGGUACAAUACUCGUCCCUUUCAAUUUCAUGUAAUUUAUUUACAAUGAAAUGAGAAAUUGAUUAAGUUUUUGCUCUGCAAUUAUUUUCUGUUGAUGUUGUGAAUAUCUGAAUUCAUCGAGUUUUAGGUACUGACCCAAUAUUGGGUCUCCCUAAUUCUAGAUUCUAUACAUCUUAUCUUGUAUGUGCGCCUCUUAUUGUUUAGACUUCUGCUUUAUGAAUUAAUUUUGAUCCCUUGUGCUCCCCGACUAUGUGUGUGUGUAAAUUCCUUCUUACUUGUGAAGUCAUGAUUUUAGAUUUUUGCAUAUGCCUUGUGUUGCUUUCCUUCUCUGGACAUUUUACCGUCUAAUAAUUUUACAGUUUUCAU